AUGGAUAGACACGAGCAACAAAAGAUUUUAUUUGUAAUGUAUUUAAGAGUAACGCUUGAAGAAUCUGAUGAGGAAUCUAGCGAUGAAUCAGAUUCGGCAGAAAUAGUAAAUGUAAUAAAUAAUUACUAUGAACGAAUACCCAAAGUACAUUGCCAGAAUUACAUCGAAAAUGUAAUUUGGGAGUAUACUGACACUGAUUUUAAAAGUCAUUUUCGCCUCAGUCGACAAACAUUUAUAUUUUUAUUAGAACUAUUAAGUCCACAAUUAUCAAAACAGUCUGAGGGAUGUGGUAGAUAUACUAUAUCAUCCGAGAAAACCUUAUUGUUGGCAAUAUGGAUGAUGGCAACUCCUAAUUCAUACAGGUGUGUUGCUGACCGAUUUGGGGUGGGUAAAAGAACAGCUUGGAGAAGUGUUCAGAAAGUUGUUAAUGCACUCUAUUCACAUCUUCACGUUUUUAUCAAAUGGCCAGAUGCAGAAAGAGCUGAAGAAAUUUCAACAUAUAUUAAAAACAAAUACAAAUUUCCCAAAGUAAUAGGAGCAAUAGAUGGUACCCAUGUCAAAAUUCCAGCACCAAAAUUACAUGCUGAUGCCUACAUAAAUAGAAAAGGUUAUCAUUCUAUACAAUUGAUAUGUGAUCAUGAGUUGAAGAUUAUGUAUGUUUAUGCAGGAUCAGUACAUGAUAUGAGAGUAUUUCGACUGUCAGGUUUCGAAAACUUACAAAAUUUUCCAGAAAAUAGUCACAUAUUAGGUGAUGCCGCAUAUAGUAUUCACAAAUAUGUAAUGGUUCCAUUUAAAAACAAUGGACAUUUAACAAAUGCACAAAUUGCGUAUAAUACUUGUUUGUCUCAAGUUAGAAUGAUGAUAGAAAGAACAAUAGGUUUAUUGAAAGCAAGAUUUCGGAGUCUUCUAGAUAUAUUACCUGAGAAGAACAGAUCUGAUACCGAAAUAUAUUGUUGCUUGCUGCAUUUUGCAUAA